UCGACUCUUAACCCCUGACACCCGUACUAAUCAACUAAGAAACUGCCUUAACCCAUUGACUUGGCCUCCACAGCCGUCAGUGGCAGAGAAUUCCACAGAUUCACCACCCUCUGGCUAAAGAAAUUCCUCCUCGUCUCCUUUCUAAAGGAACGUCCUUUUAUUCUGAGGCUGUGACCUCUGGUUCUAAACUCUCCCACUAGUGGAAACACCCUCUCCACGUCCACUCUGUCCGGGCCAUUAAUGUUCCUCAAUUUUCGUGAGAUCACAAACGUCUCUAGAUCAGUCGUCAAAACGAAACUGCCGUCUGUAGAUGGGCGCUUCCCCAAUUUGUCCGAAACCAUAAUUCGACGAGACGCCGCGGGAGAACACUUGUUCGCAAGAGAGUCUCACGUUUUAUUUUAAAACAGCGAAACAACCUUCAAUGGCAGAAGCUGGACACUAAAAAGCAGGGCCAGGCACCUCUGGAGAGAAGGAAUAGGUGAGACCGUUCUACGGCUGGUACUCAGCUAGUCUCUAGUGCUGGGUUGGCUCAGAAGUUCACUUCCCUGGAGAUUGGAGAAAUAGAGAAAGGGAGAGAGAGAGUGCGAGGGGCGAGAGUGAGUGUGGACGAACAGACCAAGAUGGCCAAGAUGGCCAAGAUGACCAAGAUGCCAGCUUCUUCUGGGCCAGAAGUGCUCACCAGCUUCCUACUUCUUCUGGCCUUGGUGGAGGUCCCUGGCGUGAGGUGCCUGUCUUUUAAACACUGUGCCGGGCAUUACUAUCAGAAGGACUCCCUCACCUGCAUACGCCAGGGAAUCAGGACCCUGGACCAGGCUGUUAGAGACCUCCCUACCUACACCAGGGUUCUCAACAUUUCCGACAACAGGAUCAGGCUUCUGCCGGCCAGAGGUCUGGAAAACCUGACGGCCUUGCAGCAUCUCAGACUGGAGCACAACCAGCUGAUGAGCAUCGAACCGCACGCCUUUUGGAGACUCGACGCCCUCCGGGAACUCAAUCUAUCCCACAACCAGUUGGUCUACCUGCAACCCGGCGCCUUUGAAUCCUUGCCCAACCUCACGGACUUGGUCCUCCGGGGGAACAGGUUGGCCAUUAUCUCCGGCGAGGUUGUCCGGCCCUUGGUGAGGCUCGCAAACCUGGACAUCUCCCACAACUGCUUCAGGAAUGUUUCCGCCGUGAUGGCUGCACUUGGACUGGCCCCGGCCCUGAGAAGCCUCAACCUCCAGGGUUCCUGCGUGGCCUCGUUCGAAGUCACCUCGCGUUUCCCCCCGCUAUUGAGUCUCUUGGUCCUCGCUAACAAUUCCAUCUCCGGGCUAAGCGGGGAGGCCGCUUUCUUCCGCAACAUUCGCCGCCUGGACUUGUCCAACUGCGGGCUGACCCGAGCCGGGAUCCUGACCUCGAUUGACUUCUCCAGUCUCGGCCACCUGGACAUCGGGGGCAACCCGAUGGAGCGAUCCCAGGUCAUCGAGGUAGUGAGGGACAUACGCGCUCCUCUGGUGAAUAUCACCCUCAGCAACUUAGAGCUGGAAACCAAGGAGACCCUACAUCUAGUGCGUGGGGUAUUACGGGAUAGAAAGGUUCACUCAGUCAUUCUGCAACAUAAUAGGUUUCAGGAUGUGAGUGGGGUUUUCAACCAGAGUGAUUCCAUCUUGUACGUGGACCUGUCCCAUAAUAAGAUUAAGAAGGCGAACUUAUUCACCUGUGUUGGUUCUCCCAGUAGCGUCCAGGUCUUGGUCCUUGACCAUAAUAACAUCCGGGAUGUCUCUCUGUGCGGAGAUGGUCCAAAUGGGAGCCGGCGGGGCCGUUGCCUGGAGAAUCUGCGCCAACUUUCCUUCCGAUACAACCGCAUCUCGGCCAUCGAGUCGCACGCCUUCCAGCAGGCCCCCAACUUGGAGCGCCUCUCCCUGGCUUUGAACGAGAUCAACUUCAUCAACACGACCGCCUUUGUCGGCCUGACCAAGCUCAAAUUCCUCUCCGUCACCAACAACUGCAUCGGGGAGAUCUUCAACACCACCUUCAGCCACGUCAGAACCCUGGAGCACCUGAAGAUGCGGAAUAACAGGAUACCGAUUGUCUACAGAGCCACAUACUCCACCCUCACAAGGCUGGUGACCUUGGAUUUGGGUGGCAACCACAUUGAGAUGAUCCACGCGCGCGGUUUCAGCGGGCUCCACUCUUUGGUCAGACUCUACUUGGACAAGAAUUGGUUGUCCUCCAUUUCGGCCGGGAUGUUCGAGGAGUUGCAGUCGCUUCAAGUGCUGGACUUGGCCAACAAUAAGUUGUCCUUCAAAGUGCCGCCCGGCUCCGCGCCGCCGUUCACCCAGCUCCCCAAACUCCGCAUGCUCAAGCUGCCCUCUCAGGUGUCCGUCGGCCCCAUGACUCUCCACCACGACCUCUUCCAGGGCCUCCGGCAGCUGAAGACGCUGGACAUCUCGGACAACAAGUUCACCACCCUCAACACGCUGCCCUUCCACCCGCUGGUCCAGCUGCAGUUCUUGCAGCUGAGCAACAUCUACCACGGCUUCCAGACCAUGCACAACGCUACCUUCGCAGGCCUGGUCAACCUCCGCGUCUUGAUGCUGGAGAACGUGGGCUUGGAGUCCAUCAGGGGAGUCCUCUUCGAGAACCUGAGCAGCCUCCGCACCCUGGUCCUCAAGAGCAACAUGGUCCACGUCAUCAGGGAGGGGGACAUCCCUCGGCUGCCCAACCUCGUCAACCUGGACCUGCAGGAAAACCCCAUCUCCUGCGUGUGUGACAACCUGUGGUUUCAGCGCUGGGCGGAGAGCAGCCAGGUGCAAGUGCCUUGGUUUUACCAGUACCCGUGCGUGGAUCCCAGGGAGAACGGGACGAGGCUGUUGGCCCAGUUCGACAGCCUGAUCUGCGACAACGGCUACGUGGUCUUCUGUUCGACGGCCCCCGCUCUCCUCGUCUUCCUGCUGGGCACCUUGGCGUACCACAAGGGCAAGUGGAACAUCCACUAUGGCUACUACCUCUUCCGGGCGUGGAUACGGGAGAAAGAGCUGAGCAGGUCGCACACACGUGGCCACCGCUACGACGCCUUUGUGUCCUACAAUUCCAAAGACGAGGACUGGGUCCUCGACCGACUGAUACAGCACCUCGAGUUAGAAGGGCCGCCCUUCCACCGCUUGUGUUUCCACCACAGGGAUUUCGCCGUGGGCAAGCCCAUCGUGGAGAACAUCGUGGAAGCCAUUUACAACAGCAAGAAGACUCUUUGCAUCAUCUCCAAGAACUAUCUCCAAAGCGAAUGGUGCUCCAUGGAGAUGAAGGUCGCCUUGUACAGACUCUUCGAUGAGCACAGUGAUGUCCUCAUCCUGGUCUUCCUGGAAGAGAUCCCAGCCCACGUCCUCUCUUCCUACCACCACCUCCGCAAGUUGGUGCGGGGGAAAACCUACAUCAACUGGCCCACGGAUGAUGCGGGCCAGAAACUCUUCUGGGCCAAGUUAAGGGACGCCCUCCAGGCACAUGGACCUCCUGCUGGAGAACAGGACCACCCACUUAUCCGACACGCAAGCUUGCUGCGCUAAUUUCUUCCCAGGUGAACAGUGAAGGAGCUGCUGCCUCACAGCGCCAGAGACCCGGGUUCGAUCCUGACCACCUAACGGAGUUUGUACCUUCUCCCUGUGACCUGCGUGGGUUUUCUCCGGGUGCUCCGGUUUCCUCCCACACUCCAAAGGCGUGCAGGUUUGUAGGCGAAUCGGCUUUGGUAUCAUUGUAAAAUGUCCCUGGUGUGUGUAGGGUACUCAUAUAGUCAUAGAGUGACACAGCGUGGAAACAGGCCCUUCGACCCAACUUGCCCACACCGCCCAACAUGUCUCAGCUACACUAGUCCCACAUGCCAGCAUUUGGUCCAUAUCCCUCCAAACCUGUCCUAUGCAUAUACCUGUCUAACUGCUUCUUAAACGUUGGGAUAGUCCCAGCCUCAACUACCUCCCCUGGCAGCUCGUUCUAUACACCCACCACCCUUUGUGUGAAAAAGUUACCCCUCACAGAUUCCUAUUAAAUCUUUUCCUCUUCACCUUAAACCUAUUUCCUCUGGUCCUUGAUUCCCCUACUCUGGGCAAGAGAUUCUGUGCAUCUACCCGAUCUUUUCCCCUCAUGAUCUAUACACCUCUAUAAGAUCACCCCUCAUCCUCCUGCGCUCCAAGGAAUAGAGUCCCAGCCUACUCAAAUGUUAGUGUGCGGGGAUCGCUGGUGGUACAGACUCGGUGGGCCGAAGGGCCUGUUUCCAUGCUGUAUCUCUAAACUAAACUAAACAUAGCUGCCCCGUCAUCUAAAAAGAAACAAAACUACUGGAGGGACUCUGUGGGUCAGUCAGCAUCUGUGGAGAGAAGAGGACAGAUAAUGGAUCAGGACUAGACCUUUCUUCAGGCUAUUGCAGUGGAGGAGUGUUAGAUUUAGUUUUUAGUUCUAGUCACAGUUGAAGGAUAAGGGGGAAGUCUUUUAGGACUGAGAUGAGAAAAACAUUUUUCACACAGAGAGUGGUGAAUCUGUGGAAUUCUCUGCCACAGAAGGUAGUUGAGGCCACAGUUCAUUGGCUAUAUUUAAGAGGGAGUUAGAUGUGGCCCUUGUGGCUAAAGGGAUCAGGGGGUAUGGAGAGAAGGCAGGUACAGGAUACUGAGUUGGAUGAUCAGCCAUGAUCAUAUUGAAUGGCGGUGCAGGCUCGAAGGGCCGAAUGGCCUACUCCUGCACCUAAUUUCUAUGUUUAGUUUUAGUUUUAGAGAUACAGCAGGGAAAUAGGCCCCUCCGCUCACUGAAUCUGCUCCAACGAACAAUCCCCGCACACUUGUUCUAUCCUACAUGCCAGGGGCAAUUUACAGAAGCCAAUUAAC